UUGAUAUGAUAGAUUCUUUGUAUUGGAGGGGAUCUUAUAAGUCAAAUUAGACCUCAUAAGUCUCCAAAAAAGUCUCUUUUUCACAUGACAUUCCUUCAAGUGUUUGAAAGAUAUUAAGCACGUCUCCUUUUCUUUUACACGUGUGAGGUUCCUAGAUUCCUAGAUCUUUCUUCAUGUGUUAAAGUUUUCAGAUUGCUCAUCCCCACCAUUGCCCUCUCUAGCCUGUCUAGUUUGUCAGUAACCCUCAUGAAACAUGGUGCGCAGAACUAAUACGCCAGUACUCCCGGUGUGGAUUGCCCAGUACAGAGCGUAGGGGAGCACUGCCUCUGUUCACCUGGCCCUUAUGUUGUUAGCCUGUGAAGAAUUUUGCAAUUGAUUGUGUGACAUGGGAGACACUGGCACAGGGCAGCCCAGCAUGGUGUGCCCUCAUCAAAGAAGGCACUAUGCUCUAUGAGCAAAGCAGAACUGCGGCAGCUCAAAAGCAACAUGAGACGUGCAGAUUCAGAGAAUUCGCUCCAAGUGUACAAGGAGUAUUUGUGCCCGACCUGUGGUGGAGCCUUCCAAACUCAGGUAGUUUUGCACUACAAGGAGCCGGGAGUCAUCAUCAUUAUACCAACUUAGCCCAUGCCCUCCAGACUCAGUGUUGUAUUUCUGCUCCUAGCAGAUUGAUAGGACAGCAACAUAAACACUACAGUUUCUUCACCAAAAUGACAGCAGAAGAGCUAUGGAAAGGGGCCUUAGCUGACUCUGGUACUGGAUCGAGGAAAGGAAGAGGAAAAAGAAGCAAGAAGAAAAGGAAGAAGGACCUAAACAGGGGUCAGAUUAUUGGUGAAGGACGUUCUGGUUUUCUCUGGCCUGGUUUGAAUGCUCCUGUUUUAAAACAUGGAAUGGUUCAAAGAGUUGGCCAAAGAGGCAAAGAAGAGCAGUUGAAGAUACAGGCUGAAAUGAUCCAGCAGAGAGACGAGUGGGACAAAAAGAGAAAAAAGAAGAUUAAACGGGAGAGAGGUUGGACUGGAAGCUCUUGGGGAGGAAUCAGUUUAGGACCCCCAGAUCCUGGUCCUAAUGGAGAAACUUAUGAAGAUUUCGAUACCAGAAUACUUGAGGUAAGAAGUGUUUUUAAUAUGACAGCAAAAGAAGGAAGGAAGAAGUCAGUGAGGGCCCUCGUGGUAGUUGGGAAUGGAAAAGGAGCAGCAGGUUUUGCUGUUGGGAAAGCCCCUGAUCGGGUCAAUGCUUUUAGAAAAGCAAAGAAUAAAGCAAUUCAUUAUUUGCAUUACAUAGAAAGAUACGAAGACCACACAAUUUACCAUGAUAUUUCUUUAACAUUUAAGAAAACACAUAUCAGGAUGAAGAAGCAAACCAGAGGUCAUGGUCUUCGUUGUCAUCGAGCCAUUAUUACAAUUUGCAAACUUAUUGGAAUUAAAGAUAUGUAUGCAAAGGUUACUGGAUCUGUCAAUUUAAUUAAUAUGACCAGAGGAGUCUUCCAUGCAUUAUCAAGACAGGAGACUCAUCAGCAGCUGGCAGAGAAGAAAAGCCUUCUUGUUGUCGAGUUCAGGGAAGAAUGUGGUCCUCUGCCCAUAGUGGUCGCCUCUCCUCAAGGAGCAAUUAGAAAAGAGCCUGAGCCUGAAGAUGAGGUGCCAGAUACCAAAUUAGACUGGGAUGAAGUCAAGAUGAGUCAUGGACUGAAAAAGUCAGUUUGGGUAAACUUAAAGAGACCUGCAUCCUGAGCUUUCCUCUCCCUCUUGUAGCCGAAUUGAGGCAUCAGAGGGCCAACAGAAAAGACUCAAAUAUAUUAUGCUUUUCAGGAAAAGUAAAUCUCCUAUGUGAGGACAGCACAGCUAUUGUUUGAAUGAAUGCAAUUCUUCAUUACUGCUGUAUAUGGGAUUCUCGGUGUAUUAUUUAAUUUACUGGCAAGCUGAGUUUUAAAUUCUGGGUGUUCUCAUAAGUGCUACAAUCAGAAGUCCCCUUUUUAAAGCACGUGAGACUCAUGAGUUCAGUGUAACCCUGUAUAAUGAAGUAUCCAAAUAAACCUGAUUCUGAUUUUUACAAAAUUCA